CUCAGUCUUUAUAGGUGGCGGUAAACACACUGGAGCAGCUUUACAACUGCUCCGCUCACUCACAGUAGAAGAAGAAGAAGACGAACAAGAUGGCGGAACGAGGCUACAGUUUCUCCCUCACCACAUUUAGCCCCUCGGGGAAGCUGGUCCAGAUUGAAUACGCACUGGCAGCUGUAGCAGCCGGAGCUCCCUCAGUUGGCAUCAAAGCUUCCAAUGGAGUUGUCCUGGCGACAGAGAAGAAACAGAAGUCCAUUCUGUAUGAUGAGCAGAGUGUCCAUAAGGUGGAGCCCAUCACUAAGCACAUAGGCAUGGUCUACAGUGGCAUGGGGCCUGACUACAGGGUUUUAGUGCGACGAGCCCGGAAGUUGGCACAGCAGUACUUCCUGGUUUACCAGGAGCCAAUUCCCACAGGCCAGCUUGUCCAGAGAGUUGCCUCUGUAAUGCAGGAGUACACACAGUCUGGUGGUGUGCGUCCAUUUGGCGUAUCAUUGCUGAUAGCUGGAUGGGAUGAAGACCACCCCUACCUGUUCCAGUCAGACCCCUCUGGUGCAUAUUUUGCAUGGAAAGCCACAGCCAUGGGAAAGAACUACGUUAAUGGAAAAACAUUCCUUGAGAAAAGGUAUAACAAUGAUCUGGAACUGGAAGAUGCCAUCCACACAGCCAUCUUGACAUUGAAGGAGAGUUUUGAGGGUCAGAUGACAGAGGAGAACAUUGAGGUGGGGAUCUGCAACGAGGCCGGCUUCAAAAGACUCACCCCAGCAGAGGUGAAAGACUACCUGGCUGCCAUCGCAUGAUCAUGUCCUGCCUGGUGCGGGGGCUCACUGGCCACAUUUCAGGACAAAGACACAGCAGCAGCAGAGUAGCCCAACAGUCUCAUGACACAAACCAUGGUUAUUCAUAUUUUCAUAACUUUACUAUAUUCAAGAUGAUUAAUGCGAGAUGAUAGAAUCCGACUGGUCCAGAGCUAUUUACCGACAAUGAGUGUGUGUGUGUGCAGCUGACCUGGCUACCACUCACAACUGCAUUAACCAGUCUCAAUGGCUGCGAGAUGUCUCAUAACUAAUUGGCUUUGUUGUCAAAUGCGUUACAUGCAAAUGUGAAAUGAGACAGUUGGCUGCUGGUCUUACAGAAAGGAAUGUGGGAUCUGAGUGAGGUCUCAAGUCUUCUGUUGAAUCCUUCACUUUUCUUCUUUCUCAUUUCUGUUGCUACAGCAAUACCAUCGCUUUACAAAUUGAAUACUGUUGCAUUUGGUAUUUUUGCGAAGUGGAACUGCGAAUUAAUUACCUGGCACAAAAACCAAGACUAAUGCCUAUUAGAACUAUGACAUCUAUCUUGGGGGGGGGGGGGGUCGAUCAUCGUGGACAUUGACGUGUCCCUGAUUAUCACCCACCUGCACUUCCAGAAUAAACAAAAGAAAACAAGAAGGGAGGAUACAAUGGAAUAUUAUGAGAAUUUACAGUCAGGAUCUGGUUGCCUGUACAGCAGUUUUACACAUUGUACUUUUUUUCAGGCUAGAAACAAUUCUAGAGUUUGUAUUUUCUCUUCUGUAAUCUGUCACAUUCAAAUAAAAGAAAAUGAGUUUA